CCGAAAACAAUCCUAGGAGUUACUUAACCGUUAGUUGUUGUUUUCCUGAGAUUCUAGGCAUUGGAACAGUUUCGAUGUAGUGUACACGAAAGGCUGUAGGUUGCUUGCCGCCAGUGGAAUAUCAGCACUUUCCCCCUGUAAACAUGCCUUCUGAUCUGGCUAAGAAGAAGGCAGCUAAGAAGAAGGAAGCAGCCAAGGCUCGCCAGCGUCCUAAGAAAGGCGAUGAACUUAAUGGAUUCAAGAAUGAUGAGGCAGAUAAACAAGAAAGCCAAGAAAAUGGUGCUGAUGAUUAUGAUGUGGCAAAUGUUACCAAGGAAUUAGAUGAAUUUGAACUUAAAAAGACUGCUGCUCGUGCGGUAACUGGAGUUCUGGCCUCCCACCCCAACAGUACAGAUGUCCACAUCAUUAACCUAUCUCUUACAUUUCAUGGACAAGAACUACUGAGUGACACAAGUUUGGAACUGAAUUCUGGAAGGCGCUAUGGUUUAAUUGGACUUAAUGGCACAGGCAAGUCUAUGUUGUUGUCUGCAAUUGGUCAUCGUGAAGUACCAAUUCCAGAACACAUAGACAUCUAUCACCUUUCUCGAGAAAUGCCACCUAGUGAGAAAACAGCUCUGCAGUGUGUGAUGGAGGUGGAUCAAGAACGAAUUGUCUUGGAGAAGGAGGCAGAAAGACUAGCACAUGAAGACUCGGAGUGUGAAAAGCUUAUGGAAAUUUAUGAGCGUCUCGAGGAGUUGGAUGCAGAUAAAGCAGAAGUUAGAGCAUCUCGCAUUCUUCAUGGUCUUGGUUUUACCCCUGCUAUGCAGAGAAAGAAAAUGAAAGAUUUCAGUGGAGGUUGGCGAAUGAGGGUUGCCUUAGCAAGAGCAUUAUUCAUAAAGCCUUUCAUGCUUCUGCUUGAUGAACCCACUAACCACCUUGAUCUGGAUGCCUGUGUGUGGCUGGAGGAGGAACUUAAACAUUUUAAACGGAUUCUAGUAUUGAUAUCUCAUUCACAAGAUUUUUUGAAUGGAGUUUGCACUAAUAUAAUUCACUUGCACAACCGAAAAUUAAAGUAUUACACAGGUAAUUAUGAUCAGUAUGUGAAGACAAGGUUUGAAUUAGAAGAAAAUCAGAUGAAACGCUACAACUGGGAACAAGAUCAGAUUGCCCAUAUGAAGAAUUACAUUGCACGUUUUGGUCAUGGAUCUGCUAAGUUGGCCAGACAGGCACAGAGUAAAGAAAAGACACUGCAGAAAAUGGUUGCCUCUGGUCUCACCGAAAGAGUAGUCAAUGACAAGACGCUGUCAUUUUAUUUUCCUCCCUGUGGGAAGAUUCCUCCUCCAGUCAUUAUGGUUCAGAAUGUUAGCUUUAAAUAUUCUGCGGAUGGGCCUUAUAUCUACAAGAAUCUGGAAUUUGGUAUUGAUUUAGACACACGAGUUGCUCUGGUGGGCCCAAAUGGUGCUGGAAAGUCUACAUUGCUCAAACUGCUAACUGGUGAGCUCCUUCCAACAGAUGGCAUGAUCCGAAAGCAUUCUCAUGUAAAGAUUGGACGAUAUCAUCAGCAUUUAACAGAACAACUGGAUUUGGAUUUGUCACCUCUUGACUACAUGUUGAAAUGUUAUCCAGAGAUCAAAGAGAAAGAAGAAAUGAGAAAAAUAAUUGGUCGUUAUGGACUUACUGGUAAACAGCAGGUGAGCCCCAUUCGUAACUUAUCUGAUGGUCAGAAGUGCCGAGUGUGCUUUGCUUGGCUGGCCUGGCAAAAUGCACACAUGCUGUUCCUGGACGAACCUACCAAUCACCUUGAUAUUGAGACCAUAGAUGCACUGGCAGAUGCAAUUAAUGACUUUGAAGGGGGCAUGAUGUUAGUUAGCCACGACUUCAGGCUUAUUCAGCAGGUGGCUCAGGAGAUCUGGGUUUGCGAGAACCAGACCAUCACUAAAUGGAACACAGACAUCUUGGCAUACAAAGAGCACCUGAAAUCUAAAAUCUCAGAUGACAAAUAGCUUUUCCAUUUUUCUUCCUGAUGUGGACUGCCCAGCUUUUUAAGGAUGCCGUAGCAGUCUUAAUCGCAUGCUGUUCCAGCAAGAUUCCUCAUCUUUUCCCCUUACUCUCCACUUACUGCAGCUGAAAUCCCAGGUUACAUGAAACAUCAACAUAUCUGCUGUAGUCAACAAACUUGUUCAGUGUACUGUUUAAAAAACAGCAUUUUAUUUUGGAUGCCUCAAGUGAAGUUGAUGUAAAUGUGCACUUAGGAGGACAUGUUUGUUGUUUUUGAUGUCCAGUAACAUUUCAGAUUAUAGGAUAUUUUUUUUUUUUUUACUGGCUCCUA